AUGGUUGAAAAGGAUAUGCUGCCUAUAAGCAUUGUGGAUGGCAAGGGGUUUCGUGAGUUGAUGAACUAUUGUGAGCCAGACUACCAAAUCCCUUCUCGAGAAACAAUAACAACCCGCAUAGAGGCUCGCUACAAAAGAAAGAAAGCCGAGCUGAAAGCACGACUGGCCAACACGCAUGUAGCAAUAACCACUGACUGUUGGACGUCAAAUACAACAGAGAGCUAUAUCACCGUCACUUGCCACUACAUGGAGGACUGGCUGAUGAGGUCGGCAGUCCUAGCCACAGAGAGUAUGCCGAUGAGCCAUACGGCUGAUAAUUUAGCAGAACGGCUGAAUGAAAUUGUGCAUGCAUGGGGGCUGACCGGGCGAGUGAUAGCCUGUGUUCACGACAACGCGAGUAACAUCGUCUUAGCAAACAGCCGACCUCGAGUCGACUGGGCCUCUGUUCCAUGCUACACCCAUACCCUACAACUGGCCAUCAACGAUGGUUUCGCUGGGACCCUGCACCAAGUCAUCGCAGCUGCAGGAAGAUUGGUCAAACACUUUAAGCACAGCACUAAAGCCACCAAAGCGCUGGAAACCAAGCAAGGCCAAAUGGGCUUGGAACGCCACCAGCUCAUUCAAUCCUGCAAAACGAGGUGGAAUUCAGUCUGUGACAUGUUUGCGAGACUGGUGGAGCAGCGGUGGGCGGUGUGCGCCGUACUAUCAGACCGCACGUUCACCAAGCUGUCUGAUGCUCGGACACUUGAGAUCAGAGACGACCACUGGAAAAUCAUGGAGGAAAUGGGCCCUGUUCUAGUCGCUCUGAAGACAGCAACUACCGUGAUGUCUACAGAGACUGAGGUGUCCAUAUCCAACACGUAUCCCAUCAGCUUCGGUUUAAUCGACGUGCACCUCAAGAAGAGAGUCGAGGGAGACUCAGGCAAAGUGGCAGAAUUCAAAUCUAAAGUGGCUGCUUCACUGAGCAGACGGAUGAAGAUUGCAUCUGAUGACUUCCUAACAUCAACCCCAAUGAUAGCAACGAUGGUGGACCCUCGGCACAAGCACCUGUCAUUUCUCAGCCCAGCCAGGAGGAUUUCAGCAAAUGCCAAACUGCUUGAACUGGCUCAAGCAGAAGAUGUGAGCUCCACAUCCACAACAGCAGAUGGAGCAAGCUCUGCCUCUGCCAGUACCACUGGAGAGGAGGAGGAGGGGGCUCAGCCAGACGUGCCUGUCCAGGAAGCUGCACCACAGAGACACACAUCUGCUAUGGUUCAACUCCUGGGUGCCUACUACACCAACCAGAUUGGUGGGGAAAAAAUGAAGCAAGGUAUCCGAGGUUGGCAAAAGUGGCAAAACGAUACAUGUGUAUCCCUGCUACAUCAGUGCCUUCUGAACGCGUGUUCUCAGCAUGUGGCCUUACUGUAACCAAGCUGCGCUCACGGCUCACACCUGAGCAUGUAGACAUGCUCAUAUACUUGAAUAAAAAUGAAUAAGCAAUUGUACCCAUGGGCCAUGUUACAUGUAUGAGGCAGAGAGCCUUCUCUAAAAUGUGACUUUUCCCUUUGUUAAAAUUUCAAUUGUCCACCUGCCUGAUGAUCUAAAUAUUAAGUUGAUUGUUGUAGCCAGGGUUGGCUAAACUUGGCUUGCUUAAUAUUUUACUAUCACGAUCACCAUUGUCUUUCAGGAAUGUUUACUUGAAGUUGUUGUCAGCCUGUUUCAAGCUGACUGAUUAUUACAUUAAUGUUUACACUAAUAGUUUGUGAGAGACAAACUAAGAUGGGCAUAGUGCAUGCACUUUAUUUUAUUUUAUGCAGUGACAUGUUUUUCAUUCAGUUCUUCUGUCAGCCUCACUUGAGCCCAAAUGUUAAGUUGAAUCAAUGACUGUUCUUCUGCAGCAGGCUUAGGUUUACUUAUUUUGCUGUUACUUACAAUUUCAGGGAUGUCUGCCUUAUAUUUUUUCAAGUUGACUGUCAUAUAGGCACUUUUCCCAGUUCAAGAGGGAUUCAAUUAAUGUUGCAGCUUGCAGGCUGCUAGCCUUCUAAUAGUUUGUGAGACAGACUAAGAUGUGCAUUGUGCAUGUUGUGCACUUGAUGUUACUUUAUUUUUCUUGUCUUUACAGUAGUGAGUGAGUGACAUGUUUUUUCACUUCAGUUCUUGUCAGCCUCACCUGAGUCCAAAGGUGAAGUUCUGCAGCAGACUGCAACAGCCAACAGGCUUACUUAUUUGCUGCCUGCUGUUACAAUUUUCAGGGAUGUC